UUUUAUUUUUCACACCCUAUGAAAGACAGAUCGUGUAAACUCUCAUUCUCAAAAAAAUACCUUUGAAGUCCACCGUCGUGUAACCCUAGCAUACCACCCUGCCGUCAACGGUCAUCACUCUCCGUCCACCGUCGCAGUCGGAGCAGCCACCAGGUCCGUCGAAGCUCGUACUCUGAAGUCUGUUCUUCACUUCUUCCCCUCUGUACUUGAUUUCUCAGAAAGGGUUGUUGUUUUGAGUUUAGGGAGAAACCUUGGCAAGUAGAAAAUUAGAAUUUUAAAUGGCCAUGAGAGGAGGAAGGAAGAAUUUGAAGAGGGCAACAGAGGAAAAACAUAUAACCCUUCAAGAUGGCCAAGGCAUCAUGCAGGUCGUGUCUCUUCGAGGUGCUAAUAUCAUUGAGGUCAUGGAUGCAAGUGGCAACAAAUUGCUAGCUCUAUUCCCUGCUAAAAUUCAGAAAAGCAUGUGGAUUAAACGAGGGAGCUUUGUUGUUGUUGAUGAAAGUGGAAAGGAAAAGGCUCUUGAAUCGGGUAGCAAGGUUGCAUGCCUUGUUUCUCAAGUUCUUUUCUCAAAACAAGUUCGAGAACUAGAGAAAUCUCCAGCAUGGCCUGAAAGUUUUAAAUCUGCAAUGGUAGAUGAUUCAAUAGAAAGUACAACCUCCCAACAAGAGCAUGAGCUGGAGGGGAGUGAUGAUGAUGGACUACCUCCAUUGGAAGCCAAUACAAACAGGAUAAGACCUGCUGAGUUGCAAGCUGAUGAUGAAGAUUCAGAAUCCAGUUCAGAUACAGAUGAUGAUUGAACCAUAUAGUUAGGCUCUCAUGCCUGCAUAUGAAUUAUUACAUUCAAGCUAAACCGACAAUGUAUGUUAUAGAAUGUUCUUGUCCUAUCUUUAUGUGUUGAUUCUGCUGAACAUUUGUGUUUCAGCUCUCUCAACUAAAAGAGUGUUUCAGUCUCAUUUUCUUUCCUUUUUUUGGGGGGAGGAGAAUAUUGGUUCGAAUUCUCUCAGUUUAUAUUUUAUUAACUUAAUGAGAAAAUUAAAUCAAAUGUUGAAGACCGAAGACUUUCAGUA